UUAAAUCCCCUCUCUCCUAGAUUGGAGUCGGCCAUUUCAACCCCACAGGCAAACCCCUCCGACUGAAGUAAGCGGGACUGUGUCUGAUAACAUCCGAAGAUGAGUGAGACAGCUAUUUCCUUCGCCAAGGACUUCUUGGCUGGUGGUAUUGCCGCUGCCAUCUCCAAAACAGCUGUAGCCCCCAUCGAGAGAGUGAAGCUGCUCCUCCAGGUACAACAUGCCAGCAAGCAGAUCUCAGUCGACAAGCAGUACAAGGGCAUCAUAGACUGUGUCGUCCGUAUCCCCAAAGAGCAGGGCUUCCUUUCGUUCUGGAGAGGAAACCUGGCCAACGUCAUCCGAUACUUCCCAACUCAGGCCCUCAACUUCGCUUUCAAGGACAAGUACAAGAAGAUUUUCCUGGAUGGCGUGGACAAGCGCAAACAGUUCUGGAGAUACUUUGCGGGUAACCUGGCAUCUGGUGGCGCCGCUGGAGCCACAUCUCUCUGUUUCGUCUACCCCCUCGACUUCGCCAGAACACGUCUGGCUGCUGAUGUCGGCAAAGCCGGAGGGAGUCGUGAGUUUAAAGGCCUGGGAGACUGCCUGGUAAAGAUCACCAAGUCUGAUGGCAUCAAGGGUCUGUACCAGGGCUUCAGCGUUUCAGUGCAGGGCAUUAUCAUCUACAGAGCUGCUUACUUUGGCGUCUAUGACACAGCAAAGGGCAUGCUCCCAGACCCCAAGAACACACACAUUGUUGUCAGCUGGAUGAUUGCUCAGUCUGUGACCGCGGUCGCUGGUCUUGUGUCCUACCCCUUCGACACCGUCCGUCGUCGUAUGAUGAUGCAGUCUGGACGCAAAGGAGCCGACAUCAUGUACUCUGGCACCAUUGACUGCUGGAGGAAAAUCGCACGUGACGAGGGCUCCAAGGCCUUCUUCAAGGGGGCAUUGUCUAAUGUCCUCAGAGGCAUGGGUGGUGCAUUCGUGCUUGUCUUGUAUGAUGAGCUUAAGAAAGUCAUCUAAGUUGCUUUUGUUUGUCCACUAUUCAUGUUGUGAAGUUUUAACUGUAACAUAUCUUGUACAUUUGGAAGGACUUAAAUGCCACACUAUAUUUAUAGGGACCAGCUAGUAUUUUCUACUAGUUGUAAGGGGGGAAAUCUGUCAUGCACUCUCUUGGCCCAUGCUUUCUUUUUCUUUUGUUUUGCCCCUCAUCAGAAUGUCAUUCCCUGAAUACAGGAACCUUACCGGAAGAAAAAGAGAAAUAAACACAACCUACUGAGUGAAUCUC